CCUUGCUUCACUGGCUGGCACGUCUUUCCAUUUUAGUCGGCGUUUGCCUCUGCUACGAGCUACAUCAACUGCGUGUGAAGCGAACUUCAUCGGUUUUCUGUCUUCCUUCCAAAAAAAAGUUCCCGAAAUCUACUCAGAUCCAAAAUGGGUAAAGAGAAAGUUCAUAUCAACAUCGUCGUCAUCGGACACGUCGAUUCCGGAAAGUCCACCACCACCGGACAUCUUAUCUACAAAUGCGGUGGUAUCGACAAGCGUACCAUUGAAAAGUUCGAGAAGGAAGCUCAGGAAAUGGGUAAAGGUUCCUUCAAGUAUGCCUGGGUGUUGGACAAACUCAAGCAGGAACGUGAACGCGGUAUCACCAUCGAUAUCGCUCUCUGGAAAUUCGAAACACCAAAAUACUACAUCACCAUCAUCGAUGCCCCAGGCCAUCGUGAUUUCAUCAAGAACAUGAUUACCGGAACAUCUCAGGCUGAUGUGGCCGUCUUGGUGACGCCUGCCAGUCCUGGUGAGUUCGAAGCCGGCAUUUCCAAGAACGGACAGACCCGCGAGCACGCUCUGUUGGCCUACACCCUGGGUGUCAAGCAGAUGAUCGUGGCCGUUAACAAGAUGGAUUCCUCCGAGCCUCCCUUCUCGGAAGAGCGAUUCAACGAAAUCGUCAAGGAAGUCCAGAGCUACAUCAAGAAGAUCGGUUACAAUCCCAAGCAGGUCCCCUUCGUCCCCAUCUCCGGAUGGCACGGAGAUAACAUGUUGGAGCCCAGCGACAGGAUGCCCUGGUACAAGGGAUGGGAGGUUGAGCGCGACGGAAAGACUAUCAACGGCAAGACCCUGCUGGAAGCCCUUGACCAAGUGCAGCCGCCGUCUCGCCCCACUGACAAGCCCCUCCGUCUGCUGCAGGACGUGUACAAGAUUGGUGGUAUCGGUACAGUGCCCGUCGGACGUGUUGAGACCGGCCUGAAACCUGGCAUGGUCGUCGUUUUUGCCCCCACUGGUCUGACCACUGAAGUUAAGUCUGUCGAGAUGCACCACGAAGCCCUCCAGGAAGCCGUGCCUGGUGACAACGUUGGUUUCAACAUUAAGAACGUGUCCGUGAAGGAAAUCCGCCGAGGUUUCGUGGCCGGUGACACCAAGAACGAUCCCCCCAAGGAAACCGCCUCCUUCAAUGCUCAGGUGAUCGUGCUGAACCACCCUGGAGAGAUCCGCAACGGAUACACGCCAGUGUUGGAUUGCCACACCGCGCACAUCGCCUGCAAGUUUAACGAAAUCAAGGAGAAAUGUGAUCGCCGUACCGGCAAGGCCACCGAGGAAGCCCCCAAAGCCAUUAAGUCUGGUGAUGCCGCCAUCAUAAACCUUAUACCUACCAAACCUUUGUGCGUCGAAGCUUUCUCAGACUAUCCUCCCCUUGGUCGUUUUGCCGUGCGAGACAUGAGGCAGACGGUCGCUGUGGGUGUGAUCAAGGAGGUCCAGAAGAAGGAAGCCUCGAGUGGCAAAGUAACGAAGGCCGCCGAAAAAGCCACUGGAAAGAAGAAAUAAGUGUGUGCUGCGCUGUUUUAAUAACGUCUCUGGCAGUUUAAUCAGUUGUAGUAAUUUCUUGUGCAUGAGCUGUCUUGGAUGGGCUUUACUACGGAUCGGAUGCCACAUCUCUUUUUGUACGCGGUUUUCUUACACACACGUUCGUUAUAUUCCAGCGUUUUGUUUUGACAUGGCAAGGUUAUGCGCGUAUAAAACGUUACACUGUUGUAUACGACUGGAUGCGGCUUGUUUGAUUCAGCUCCUGUGCUUUUUUAAAUUUUUCGAUCCAGGUGCUGCUGCACGGUAUCGAUCAUUCUCGUGGAUGAUGCCGGUAGCGGUAGUCUGUUUCAUAAAAAAACGCUUACCUA